AUGCACGCUCAUCAGCGACAAUACAAUAUAAAGGAGUUAAAAAAUCUAUCACAUUUCGACUCGACCCAAACGCUGCAGUGUGACAAGUCUGUUCGACCCUACACCUCGCUGCCAACCCUAGCCGGCGCCCGUACCGUCAGCACAACCGAUGCUCCAGCCACCGUCUACGUACCACCGUCAGCAGCCCCAGUCCCGCCGGGACAAACGAGCCGCGCA